AUGUUGAUACAUUGCGCUUCCAUUGCCGCUGCAGCUCCAGCACUGUUGCCUCGAUCGUUGGCCAGCAGCAGCGUCGCAGCCGCCGUCGUCCGCCACCACAACCCCAACUACCACCCUCGCCACCCUCACCGGCAGCAGCAGAGGCGCUCGUUCUCAUCCAUCCUCAUUCUCGCUGGCCGUGCGCACGCGUCCACCGCGCAUGGCGGCCCAGCGAGCCAUCCACCUGCGCCCUUCCUCCGCUCCAGUCGCCCAGCCAGCCAAGCCAACAACGCUGCUACUGCUCGUACUACUACUGCCGCUGCUGCUGCUGCUGCUGCUGCUCCGGCUCGGAAUGCAGUGCCGCGGCCGGCCGAGUUCCCUGGCGAAGCUGGCUUUCAGCCCUUCCGCCCCGAGGCGCUCGAUCCGCCGCGAGUCACCUUUGUUGGCAAGACUGCGCGGCAGGCCAAGCUGGGCGAGGACCCGCGGCUCAAGACAUGGACGACGCUCAAGCUGCCGCAGGUGCCGCAGCAGCCGCAGCAGCAGCAGGAAGCAGCGGGAAGCCCAGCCGGGUCUGCUCAGACGAGUGCUCAGACGAGUGCUCAGACGGCCGCUCAGCCGCCUCGAGACAUGUAUGAAGCGCGCUCGUUCACGCCGGAAGCGCGCGGCAAGAUGCUGCGUGCCAUCCAUGGCAUUGGGGCUGCACUGUCGCAGCAGCACUUGUUCACCCGCCUCGACGACGGGCGCGAGUGGCGGAUUCGUCAGCUGGCUGCACUGCAAGAGUUUGUAUCCAAGCGAUCGACCUCGCUGCGUCCCGUGUCCGUGCCACCUGCAUCAAGCUCGAAUUAUCAGCAGCAGCCGCAUCAGCAGCCGAGUGGAGAUGAUCAGACGGCGGCUCAGCAAUCACAAACAACAGCACCGGCAGAAUCGCUACAACAAUGA